AUGAAGCUUGUUCGAACCAACUCCGACUCCAUCUCUUGCCAUGAGAUCGCGCACUCGACUUCCCCAAUCACGAUUUACGACCACGGCAGGACAGAUCAGCCCGAGAGCCAAUACUCGAUAGCCAUUGACGGGAUUUCAAAUCACACACUGCCCGAAUUUGCGAGCCAUCUCCCCUACGAAGUUGGCGCCACUGGCAUUGUCACGACCGCCGGUGCUUCCAACUUUGGGCAAGCCGUCUCUCUCGUCCUCCUAACGCGACAAACAGGCUCGCAACUCCCGAUACAGAUCGUGCUCGAUUCGACGGCGCCAUGGGUGGAUUUCCUCUGUGUCCACGAAAUGCCCCUUCACAACGCGACUUGCCUUUACACUAGCGACAUGUGGACAAAGCUCUACCCAUCCAUCACCAUCAGAUUCCAGCGCUUUCAGUGGAAAUCCAUUGCCCUUGUCUCCUCAACCUUUCAAAACGUCCUUUUCCUCGAUGCCGAUUGCUUCCCCGUCCUCAAUCCCGAUUCCAUCUUCGAGAAAGGCGCCGAGCCGUUUACAUCCGCGGGCUUCAUCACAUGGCCUGAUUUCUGGGCGUCCACUACGUCCAGUUUGUUCUACAAGAUAGCGGGUGAUGUCGAAGUGCCACUCCUCACGUCGCGGACCACGUCGGAAAGCGGCGUGAUGGUCUACGACAAGGCGCGGCAUGCCGACACCCUGCUCCUCGCGGUGUACUACAACUACAACGGGCCGGCGCGGUACUAUACCAUGUUGACGCAACAUGGCCCCGGAGAGGGGGACAAGGAAACAUUCUUCCAGGCUGCGUUGGUAUUGGAUGCGCUGCGGGAGAAGGGGGUCUACAACCCACCGACUGAGUGGAUGAAACCAGGCGUGGGGGUCAAGAAAGGAUACUGGGAUGUCAAGACACUGCCGCAGGCACACGGCCGAACAGCCAAGGGAAAGAAAUGGAGGGGCAUGUUCAUGCAGCAGAUGGACCCGGCGGAGGACUACCGGACAGUGAUGGCCGCUGUGGAGAAGGCAGCCGCUGACGACACGCCCUCUCCCAAGUCAACCACCAACCACCUUCUCAAAACACCAAGAACCGCACCCGACCCGGCAGUGACGGCCUACAUCACCAACUCAACCUUCCUCUCCGCCAUCGGCAACCUAACCGUCACCCCCGACACGUCCCGCUUCAUGUUCUUCCACCACAACGGCAUCAAGCCCGACUUCACGCGCCUGCUGGACGCAAGCGUGGGCAUGCAAGCAGAGGGGGACGACGGGCAGCCGCUGCGGAUGUGGGGAGAUCCGGACUGGAUCGUGGCCCGCACGGGGCAGGAUGUGGAGAAGUUGUGGUGGGAGGCAUCGAUGCGCGUGUAUUGCCAGCCGGCGAUGGUGGAGUGGUGGGCGGGGGUAUGUAAGGAGAUGAAGAGGAUUUGGGGAAGGGUUUAUGAGUAG